AUGGUGAGGUUGAUGAAGGUGUUGGUGGAGUGGUGGUGGUGUUGUUCUUCCCUUGCACUUAUUUUAACAGCCGUCCACGGUGACAAUGUCACGUACGAUGGAAGAUCCUUAAUCAUUGAUGGCCAACCUAAAAUCCUCUUCUCCGGUUCAAUUCAUUAUCCUCGUAGCACUCCUGAGAUGUGGCCUAAUUUAAUUGCGAAAGCUAAGGAAGGGGGAUUAGAUGUCAUACAAACUUACGUGUUUUGGAACCUUCACGAACCUCAACAAGGCCAGUAUGAGUUUAGUGGAAGGCAAGAUUUAGUGAGAUUUAUUAAGGAAAUUCAAGCACAAGGUUUAUAUGUGACCCUUCGAAUUGGACCAUACAUUGAGAGUGAAUGCUCUUAUGGGGGUCUACCAAUAUGGUUACAUGAUAUUCCGGGUAUUGUAUUUAGAUCUGAUAAUGAGCAAUUCAAGUUUCACAUGCAAAGGUUCACUACCAAAAUAGUCAACAUGAUGAAAUCAGCCAAUCUUUAUGCUUCACAGGGAGGGCCUAUCAUAUUAUCACAGAUUGAGAAUGAAUAUGGUAAUGUUGAAAGGUCGUUUCGCGACAAAGGACUGUCCUAUAUUCGUUGGGCUGCCCAAAUGGCCGUGGGACUCCAAACUGGGGUGCCUUGGGUAAUGUGCAAGCAAGAUGAUGCUCCUGAUCCGGUGAUCAAUACGUGCAAUGGUAUGCAGUGUGGGAAAACAUUUAAGGGGCCAAACUCACCUGACAAGCCUUCACUGUGGACAGAGAAUUGGACAAGUUUCUAUCAAGUCUUUGGUGGAAAACCAUACUUGAGAUCAGCUGAGAACAUUGCGUUCAAUGUUGCCUUGUUCAUUGCAAAGAACGGAAGCUAUGUCAAUUACUACAUGUACCAUGGAGGAACCAAUUUCGAUAGAAUAGCUUCUGCUUUCGUAACAACAGCUUAUUAUGAUGAAGCCCCACUGGAUGAAUAUGGUUUAGUUAGGCAACCAAAAUGGGGCCAUCUUAAGGAGCUUCAUGCUGCAAUCAAGUCAUGUUCUGAAUCUCUACUUUAUGGAACUCAAACUACGUUCAGCUUGGGUUCUCAACAAGAAGCUUUUGUUUUCAAAAAGAGCUCAACAGAAUGUGCUGCCUUCCUUGUAAAUAGUGAAGAUAGGGAUGUCACAAUACAAUUUCAAAAUAUUCCAUAUGGAUUACCCCGCAAAUCAAUCAGUAUUCUACCAGACUGCAAGAAUGUAGCAUUCAACACCGCCAAGGUAAGCACUCAAAACAAUGUCAGAGCAAUGAAACCACAGUUACAGUUCAAUUCAGCUGAAAAUUGGAAAGUAUACACAGAAGCCAUCCCUUACUUUGAUGAUACUUCAUUAAAAGCAAAUAUGCUAUUAGAUCAAAUCAGCACAGCAAAAGAUAGAUCUGACUAUAUGUGGUACACUUUCAGGUUUUAUGACAACUCUCCUAUUGCUCAAUCUGUCCUUAGAGUACACAGUGCAGGACAUGUUUUGCAUGCAUUCAUCAAUGGAGUUUUAGUAGGUUCUGCACAUGGAAGUCACAACAAAGUAUCUUUCAUCAUGGAGAACAAUGUUAAUUUGAUAAACGGGGUGAACAACAUUUCCUUCCUUAGUGCAACAGUUGGAUUGCCGAAUUCAGGAGCAUAUCUAGAGCGCAGAGUUGCUGGUUUGCGUAGAGUGGAAGUUCAAAGCAGAGACUUCACUCAUCAAUCAUGGGGAUAUCAGGUUGGAUUGUUAGGAGAAAAUUUGCAAAUCUAUACAGCUAGCGGAUCAAGUAAAGUUCAGUGGGAAAGUUUUCAAAGCUCUACUAAACCACUCACAUGGUAUCAGACCACAUUUGAUGCACCAGUGGGCAACGAUCCUGUAGUGCUUAACCUUGGCUCUAUGGGAAAGGGAGUAGCUUGGGUUAAUGGCCAAUGUAUUGGCCGAUAUUGGGUAUCUUUCCACAAACCCAACGGAACUCCUUCACAGAUAUGGUAUCACAUACCCCGAUCUCUGCUAAAAUGUACUGGGAACCUACUAGUUCUACUGGAAGAAGAAACUGGGAAACCACUUGAGAUCACUCUAGACACAGUUUACAUCACAGUGAAAGAUCGCACAUCAUGA